GAAAAAACCCUCAUCGAUGUUUAGAUGUUUAGAGUCAGUUGUAAUACUUCUGGCAAAUUUCAGAAAAUGUCAAAAUUCUGAGGAUAAGUAUCGAUUUUAACUGAAUCACGGAAUCAAGUUGAAGAAUUAUUGUAUAUAUUGGUAAAUUAUCUUGUGAAGAGAUAACUUUGGUGUGUCUAGAUAAGGACCACAUCUAUGCAUGAGCAAGACUGUUCAAGCUUGAUGACCUGAGAAUGAGAUGUCUGCUGCAUUUUUCAUGGUUGGUAUAACCAAACCAAGAUGAACUCAUCAAUUUAAUGUUGAUAUGUUUCAUGCGCGAAUUUCAUGGAUUGUUCCUUGUUGGUACUCUGGUGUGGGGGCUGCACAACUAAUACCUGGUGGGCAUCACAAGAGGAAUUGCGACACCUCUAUGAUUCCCUAAAGUUCUGAUAUGAGAUCAGAAAUCAGUUAAGCAGACAUUGUAAGGCUAAGGGAGGCCUACUCUCGUUGCCUAUUUUGAUAGAUGUGCCAGCUUAUUCUUCCAGAAUGGGUAGAGUGUACAAGAAAAAACUGAUUCGUAUACCAGUAAGCCAUUCAUGUUCAGUGCAUGCCGCUGCAGAUUUGGUCACAAAGAAGCCACAUUUAACAUUCCCUCAACUGAGGUCAAUCUAUAAGAAACUCGUGAAAUUUGUUGUGUUUAUCCUAGUGUUUGUGAUGCUGCCCGUGGGUUUUGUUUAUGUUGCAACAUGGGGGCGGACCUUUACACUGUCCCCAGGACUUACUGAACUGUUCAAAUUUAACCAACCAAAUCAUAUGAAUACUGAUCUAAAUCGCCUGAAGUGCACAAUGUCGGCACAGGAACGUACAGACAUGGUCAAACUUCUGAAAGGUAUUGAUUCAGUUUUGGAAAAACAUAGAGUGACGCAUUGCCUUUGUUACGGUAGUCUGUGGGGAAUGCUUCGAAAGGGUGAUGCUAUUCCAUGGGACCAUACUGCUGACUUCUGCCUCCUGGAACGAGACUUAAAACAUAUAGACAACGAUCUGUUUUUCAAGGAUUUCCUAGACUUGGAUAUGAUCUUGCACUAUGACCCACACUUUGGCCAGUAUACAAUAGACUUUGGCCAUGCGAAAGCUCGAUUGGUGCUUUUCAAGGACUGGUCGAAUAAACUUGGUUGGCUCAUGUACCGUAGAAUUGGAUCGUGGAUUAAAUUCUGGAACUGGCAACAUGAGACAUUUCCUAGGAUUCUAAUGGAACCGCCUCUUAAGAAGGGAAAAUUCAUGGGCCUAGACUUGCCGGUGCCAAGAGAAAGUUUUGAGAUUCAGAAGUACCUCUACCCCAAUAGCUGGUGGGUAGAAAUAGUGCCGUUUGAGUGCCAGAAUGACCAAAAAAAUUUCUUUUAAAACCAUGACAUUAAUUUUUAUUAUCAUGGCUGGCCAUGUUGUACAUGUACAUGUGCAUGAAAUAGUCUGUCAGAGGUCCUGUGUGGUGUUUUCUACUUAAAAUAUUAUAUUUGAAAAUGGAUGUUGAAUCUCAAGUGUUUGCAUGAUACUGGUAUAUAUUAGGCCCACUUCUGCUACUAAAUGUAUUAUCUCCUCUUCCAAUGUGUGUAUUUGGGGCUUAUGAAUGGUUUGGUGUUUUCAGAUGUCCUUGGGUCAGAAUGUAUGAGCUGUUGUUAGUGUCAGUCACAUUAUAUCAUGGAAUGUUUAAUUAUGAUAAAUAAAUUCGU